UGUCCAAAACGUUGUUGUUGGUGAAGUGAGAGUGAGUUGGUUUUUCAUGCACCUCCUCUCCCACACUCUUUUCUCAUUCAUCAUUUUCAUUUCAUAUCGACUUCAUUCCCCCUAAUCCCUAUAUUUAAGGAAAUUUUCAUAUAAAGAAGCCUAAAAAGAUACAAUCUUUUCCACUUUCUCUCUCCUCAAAUCACUUGAGAAAUGGCAAGCCGAAGGGUUUCAUCUUUGUUAUCUCGCUCACUUUCACCUUAUCUCACCUCUUCUCCUGUAGGAAGGAGCUCCUGUAUCAGGAGAGGACUUCCAAAAUACAGCACUGCUGCUGCCAUUGAUGAACCAAUUACCCCACCAGUGGAUAUAAAUUAUACAAAGCUUCUUAUUAAUGGCAAAUUUGUAGAUGCAGCAUCAGGAAAAACUUUUCACACAGUGGACCCUCGGAAUGGGAAAGUGAUUGCUGAUGUUGCUGAAGGAGAUGCCGAAGAUGUGAACAGAGCAGUAUCUGCUGCUCGGAAAGCAUUCGAUGAAGGACCAUGGCCAAAGAUGACAGCUUAUGAAAGAUCAAAAAUCCUUUUGAAGUUUGCUGAUCUUAUUGAAAAGCAUAAUGAUGCAAUUGCUGCUUUAGAAACAUGGGAUAAUGGAAAGCCUUAUGAGCAAGCUGCCAAUAUUGAAAUACCUAUGGUUGCACGCCUUUUCCGGUACUAUGCUGGUUGGGCAGAUAAGAUACACGGUCUCACUGUUCCUGCUGAUGGACCGUAUCAUGUACAGACUCUGCAUGAACCAAUUGGUGUAGCAGGGCAGAUUAUUCCAUGGAACUUUCCCCUUUUAAUGUUCUCUUGGAAGGUUGGACCUGCCUUAGCUUGUGGUAAUACAGUUGUUAUAAAGACAGCAGAACAGACUCCUUUGUCAGCACUUUAUGUUGCUAACUUAUUUCAUGAGGCUGGACUCCCUCCAGGCGUGCUAAAUGUGAUUUCGGGUUAUGGACCAACUGCUGGUGCAGCCCUCUGCUCUCACAUGAAUGUGGACAAGCUUGCUUUUACUGGAUCAACUAGCACAGGAAAAUUAGUUCUUGAAUUAGCCGCAAAGAGCAAUCUCAAGCCUGUUACUUUGGAGCUUGGUGGGAAGUCCCCAUUCAUAAUAUGUGAAGACGCAGAUAUAGACCUAGCAGUGGAGACUGCUCAUUUUGCUUUAUUUUUUAAUCAGGGACAAUGUUGUUGUGCUGGGUCUCGUACUUUUGUCCAUGAAAGUAUAUAUGAUGAGUUUGUUGCCAAAGCUAAGGCACGAGCUGCAAGCCGAUCUGUUGGAGAUCCAUUUAAGCAAGGCAUUGAACAAGGUCCUCAGAUUGAUCCAGAGCAGUUUAAUAAGAUAUUGAGGUACAUAAGAUCUGGGGUCGAUAGUGGAGCUACCCUGGAAACAGGGGGGGACAAAUUAGGAUCAAAGGGCUACUACAUAAAGCCCACAGUUUUCUCGGAUGUAACGGAUGACAUGUUGAUAGCACAAGAUGAAAUUUUCGGUCCAGUGCAAACCAUCUUGAAGUUCAAGAGCAUAGAGGAGGUGAUACGCCGAGCAAAUGCAUCUGAGUAUGGACUGGCAGCUGGAGUUUUCACUCAGAACCUCGACACUGCUAACACUAUAUCACGCGCUCUAAGAGCUGGUACAGUGUGGAUAAACUGUUACGACAUCUUUGAUGCUGGAAUCCCUUUUGGUGGGUACAAAAUGAGCGGCAUUGGUAGAGAGAAGGGAAUUUACAGCUUGCAAAACUACUUGCAAGUGAAGGCCGUUGUCACUGCCUUGAAGAAUCCAGCUUGGCUAUAGAGUAAAAACUAUUUUCUUUCCUAAAAUAAAAGGCGGCUAAGCUCAAUCUUUAUAUCAUUUUAUGCUUUAUCAUCAAACAUUGGUGGUGAAUGAUGAUGAUGAUAAAAGAUCCUUAUCUGAUAUACGGAGUACUUCGUAUAUUGCAAUUAGCAGUUAGAUCUUAAUGAUGUCGAUAAAUUUGGUUUAUAUUGUUAGCAACGCUUGAUUUUGAAUGCUGGUAUGUUUGUGAAUUAAAAAUCUCUGUUUUGUAAAA